AUUUUCUGACGUGGCUGCUUUGACAGUUUACUUCGGUCGCGAAAUCGCAGCAGUGCUAAACUGUCUGUUUUUCAUCAAAUUACCCCAAUUCUCCUGGAAAAUUCUGGGCUAAAUCCUCAAGGAGAGCCUUCUGCAGCAUCCCAUGCAGACGUCCAGCCAGUGGAGAAAGUAGUGAGUGUGCAGGAAAUUGUGAAAAAGACGCUGUGAAAAAUGGCACUGAAAAAAGUGAAGGGAAACUUUGAGCGAAUGUUUGAUAAAAAUCUGACCGAUUUGGUCCGGGGGAUUCGAAACAACAAAGAUAAUGAGGCCAAAUACAUUGCCCAAUGCAUCGAGGAGAUUAAACUGGAAUUGAGGCAGGACAAUAUCAAUGUCAAAUGCAAUGCUGUCUCCAAGUUAACAUAUAUCCAAAUGUUGGGCUACGACAUCUCCUGGGCUGGGUUUAAUAUAAUCGAAGUGAUGAGCUCGCCAAAAUUCACUUGCAAGAGAGUUGGUUACUUAGCAGCAAGUCAGUGUUUCCAUCCGGAUAGUGAGCUUCUGAUGCUCACCACAAAUAUGGUGCGCAAGGAUCUCAAUUCCCAGAGUCAGUACGAUGCUGGAGUAGCACUCAGUGGCCUUAGUUGCUUUAUUUCGGCCGAUCUGUCCCGUGAUCUGGCAAAUGAUAUCAUGACACUCAUGAGUUCCACCAAGCCCUACCUGCGCAUGAAGGCCGUCCUCAUGAUGUACAAAGUGUUUUUGAGGUAUCCAGAGGCUCUCAAGCCUGCCUUUCCCAAGCUCAAGGAGAAACUCGAAGAUCCAGAUCCGGGGGUUCAAUCGGCUGCUGUCAAUGUGAUUUGUGAGCUGGCACGAAAGAAUCCUAAGAAUUAUCUCUCACUAGCACCAAUUUUCUUCAAACUUAUGACCACGUCCACAAACAAUUGGAUGCUGAUUAAAAUUAUUAAAUUAUUUGGCGCUCUGACACCCUUAGAACCGAGACUUGGUAAAAAGUUGAUAGAACCUCUAACGAAUUUAAUCCAUAGCACGUCGGCAAUGAGUCUUCUGUACGAAUGCAUAAACACAGUAAUUGCCGUAUUAAUCAGCAUAAGCAGUGGAAUGCCUAAUCACAGUGCUUCCAUUCAAUUAUGUGUCCAAAAGUUAAGGAUUCUCAUUGAGGACUCGGAUCAAAAUUUAAAAUACUUAGGCUUGCUGGCCAUGUCUAAGAUCCUCAAGACGCAUCCCAAGAGUGUUCAGGCACACAAGGAUCUAAUUUUGGCUUGCUUAGAUGACAAAGAUGAGUCAAUUAGGCUUCGUGCCUUGGAUCUCUUGUAUGGGAUGGUGUCCAAGAAGAAUCUCAUGGAGAUUGUUAAGCGUCUGCUGGGGCAUAUGGAACGUGCCGAAGGAUCAACGUAUCGCGAUGAGUUACUGUUUAAAGUUAUUGAGAUUUGCUCCCAGGGUUCCUAUCAGUACGUCACAAAUUUCGAAUGGUAUCUGACGGUUCUGGUGGAAUUGAUUCAGCUGGAAGCUAAUUCCAAGCAUGGUAGUGUUAUUGCUACACAAUUGCUGGAUGUGGCCAUUCGUGUGCAGGCUGUUCGGGAGUUUGCUGUGACAGAAAUGGCUAGUUUACUCAAUACCUUCCCUGCCAAUGCUGCCCACUGGGAUGCAUCCAGCGGGACAAUGAAUGAGGUGCUUUAUGCUGCUGGAUGGAUUGUUGGGGAAUUUAGUGGUUUUUUGGUGGAUCCAGAAGAUACGCUCAAGUCUCUGUUGAAACCACGACAACUUCCUGAUCACAUUCAAGCUGUUUACAUUCACAAUUCCCUGAAACUCUUGACCAGGAUGCUGACAAAGGCUCUCGAAGAGGGAAAUACUCGGGAAAUUGUUCGAUUGUGCAAUUUAUUUGAGGAUAAAGUUACACCAUUUGUCAGUUCGGGAAAUAUUGAAGUUCAGGAGAGAUCUAGUUCAGCUCUGAUUAUGAUUCAGAUGCUACGGGAUGAACUUAAGGCAGUUGAUGGUGAGACUGAGAGGGAUCUUCUGGAUGAUAUUCCAGGACCAGAAAAUGGGAAUGUUUCAAUGGGAACACCAAUAGCAGCUGAACAAUUGAUUAGGGAUUUUGCAACACUCUUUGCCGGAGAUCUCAAUCCAGUGGCUCCCAAGGCACAGAAGAAAGUACCACUGCCUGAGGGUUUGGAUUUGCAUAAAUGGAUAAAUACUCCGCCAGAACUCAGUAGUCCAUCGUCUGAAGGUGAAGAAGAGAUGGGAGAUUUAUUUGUGGCCAGUGCAGAACUCCAGGGACGAGCUGAGAGGAAGAAGUAUGUUGAGCCGACUGGGGAGGAAUUGGAAAAAAUGCGUGAGGCUAGGAAGAUGGAGCAGAAUAACAAUCCACACUAUCUCAAGGGAUCAAUUAGGGAUUCCUUGCCCAUGAAGAUGCGCAAUGAUGGCUGUGAUGAUAUCCCAAUUGCAGAAAUAGCACUUGACGUACCACUUACAGUUCAUUCCACAAAGAGAUCUGACAAGUACUUGAUGGAAGAACAAAAAUCGGAUAAGAAAGCGAAGAAAAAGACUAAAAGUGGCAAGAAGAGUCACAAAUCGAAGCAUAAAAUAAGCUACUCAACAUCAGAAUCCGACAGUGAAGCGGAACCGAAGCAACUCCACGUGGUAAAUACCCUAAUUGAGAUGCCAGAAGGUGCUUCUUUGUCUGAAGCUGAAGAAAAUGACAAAGCAAUGGAUCCCAAUGAUCCACAUCGUGCCCUGGACAUUGAUCUCGAAGUGCCCAGUGUAAAGGAGGAAGAUGAAACUCAAAAGAAGAGAGAAACGAAGAAAGUAUCAAAGACUUCCAAUUUGCUUGUCUCACAUGAUGAUAAAACAUCCGCAAAUGCCACGAAGAAGGCCAAAAAAGAGAAAAAGAGUCGAAAGAAGAGUCACAAAAAUGAUGAGAGUCACGAUUUGCUAGGAUUCACCAGAGAAUCCUCCCAGGGGGACAAUGAACAAAAUAGCGAGAAGACCAAGAGGAAGAAGGAGGGCAAGAAGAAGAAGGGUGAUAAGGAUAAAAGUACUGAAAACUCAAAGAAGAAGCUCGAACUGAAGUUGGGCUAUGAAGAAGCAGCUGGAAUUUCUACACCUAGCAAGGAAUUUGCGUAAGGAUUCUUUUCUUAAUCUCUCCUGUUUCCUUAAUUUUUUUCCAACCUUGAUAUAAUCAAAGAUACGUCUAUUAACUGAGAAAAAUUUAAUUAUAUCAAAAUAAAGAAGAAAAAUAAUUAUUCACGUAAAAAAA